AUGGUGAAGGACAGUAUCCACUGUGCUUGCUGCAUUCUCUUCUAUUUAUGUUUCUUUGCUGCGCUGCGCGAGCACAUGACAUGCCACGCUCAGAACUUCCAGGGUCAGCCAGACCUGAAGCCAGGACCCCCAGGCACGGGUCUAAGGAUGGCUGAAGAGACCGACAACGCAACCCAAGUUGCUGUGGAGAACUUCGGCGAAGCGCGUCCCCCUUUUGUCUCGAAUGAACAGUGGCAGGAGUGGAAUCUUAAGUACGGGUUUUCUCCCUUGGGGGAGUUCUGCGACAGCUGCCUGACAGUUCCGGGGAAGUGCGUCCGGCCACACGAGCAAUGCCAGCUGUAUUGCGGAGACGACUGCCGUGGCCACGGCAAAGAAUUUACAAAGAAAGUGCUUUGCAAGUGGUGCCGAGAGGCAAGAGGUGAAAGGUGCCGCGACUGGAGGUCCUGCAGGGAUAAGUGCGGCACAGAUUGUGUUCAUGAGGUAUACGCCCGGAAGGCUAUGCUGGACUACGAGCGUCACGUAAAUGACACGAUAGCGCGCGGCGAAAAGAAAUAUAUAGCCAGUCUCAGACAGAUCGUGGAAGAUGCCAUGCAAGACGUGAACGGAGAUGAGGAAACCCGUAAGGAACUUGAGGAACAGAUGAAGCAGUUCGCUGCUGCUGCAGGUGUGUAUUUCCCGCUGUCUGAUGAACUCUGA